AUGAAGUUUUUCGCCUUGCUGUCGGCGCUGUCCGCCACCGCUAUUGCCUCAUCCGAAUGCAUGGGUUACAUUGCUACAUACCCCCAGACGGGUGCUGCUCAACAGUCCAUUAAUGGAGCUGAGGCCCACCUCGUGUUGGCUGACACCCUGGGUCUGUCUAGUGGUCUCAACGGCAACCAGUUGGCCGAGAAGGAGCAGUUCUUUUUCGCUCUUCCUCAGAUGGGAUUGGGCCCUGUGGACUCCCAUACCGUUUUAUUCUCUGAUCAUGCUAACGACGACUCUGGGGCUCUUUACGCAAUUGAGUCCGCCAUCGAUAUGGGCGCUAUUCAGAAACUGAGUCACCGACUGGAACAAAAGCAUGGAGCUGCCAAGGCUUCCCUCAUAAUGUCGUCUUCGUCAAGCCACAUUGAAGAGCUGAUUUCUAACGCCGACGAAAAGAAUCCUGUCACCGUCGUGUACGCCCCCUCAUGCCUCCGAGCUACAAACAAGGAGAAACGUGGCGGCCUACCAGCCUCCAAGAAGAAGCAGGCUAUUGGUAUUGCCAGAUUUGGCUCUGAGGAUGAGUGCAACGAGAAGACAAAUAACUGCUCAGGCCAUGGUGCUUGCUCCAAGGGCCGUGGCGAGUCUGCCUACACAUGCAAGUGCAAGACUGGCCGAGGAGGAAAGUUGUGCCAGAAGCAGGACGUGAGCGUCCAGUUCCAGCUUUUCUUCUGGACUGCAGUUGUCGCUCUGAUUACCAUUACUCUCGGUAUCAAGCUCAUGAUGAGCGUUGGUAGCGAGCCUCUGCCUGGCGUUUUGGGUAAAUAG